GGAGGAGGAGAGAGGCGGCUCCCUAGUCUCACUCGGCGGCCAUUUGCCUCCGCCCCUCGUCGCCACCGGGAUCCGAUCCCGCCAGAGCUGCUUUUUAGCGCCGGCGGCCGGGUCGCGGAGGAGCGCCCUUUGGAAGCGAAGGCGGCUGGGCCGGAACAAUGAUAAGUUUCUUUCGCCGAACACUUGGACGUAAGUCUAUGCAUAAACAUGCUGAGAAAGAGCGGCUAAGAGAAGCUCAACGAGCUGCAACUCACAUCCCUGCAGCUGGAGAUGAGAAAUCUAUAAUUACCUGCAGGGUCUCUUUGCUGGAUGGAACGGAUGUCAGUGUGGACUUACCGAAAAAAGCCAAAGGACAACAUCUGUUUGAGCAGAUAAUGUACCAUCUGGACCUUAUUGAAAAUGAUUACUUUGGUCUACGAUUCAUGGAUUCAGCACAAGUGGCUCAUUGGUUGGACAACACAAAGAGUAUAAAAAAGCAAGUGAAAAUUGGUCCACCGUACUGUCUUCAUCUUCGUGUAAAAUUUUACUCUUCCGAACCAAACAACUUACGUGAAGAGCUCACAAGAUAUUUAUUUGUUCUUCAGCUAAAGCAGGACAUUCUGAGUGGCAAGUUGGAAUGUUCCUUUGAGACAGUGGCUGCAAUACCCUGCUAUUUUGCAGCUGAACUUGGGGAUUAUGAUCCCAUUGAGCACAUCCCGGAGAUAGUGUCAGAAUUCAGAUUUGUGCCCAGCCAAACUGAGGAGAUGGAACUGGCCAUUUUUGAGAAGUGGAAGGAAUACAGGGGUCAGUCACCAGCUCAGGCAGAAACAAACUAUUUGAACAAAGCAAAAUGGCUCGAAAUGUAUGGAGUAGACAUGCAUAUAGUAAAGGCAAGAGAUGGCAACGAUUAUAGCCUUGGAUUAACACCAACAGGUGUCCUUGUAUUUGAAGGAGAUACCAAGAUUGGAUUGUUCUUUUGGCCAAAGAUUACUAGAUUGGACUUCAAAAAGAAUAAAUUAACACUAGUGGUGGUUGAAGAUGAUGAACAGGGUAAAGAGCAGGAACAUACUUUUGUCUUUAGGCUGGAGCAUCCAAAAGCCUGCAAACAUUUGUGGAAGUGUGCUGUUGAGCAUCAUGCUUUCUUCCGCCUCCGUGGACCUGUUCAAAAAGGCUCAAGUCGAUCAAGCUUCAUUCGGCUGGGGUCCCGAUUCAGAUACAGUGGGAAAACAGAGUAUCAGACUACAAAGACUAAUAAAGCCAGAAGAUCAGCAUCUUUUGAGAGAAGACCUAGUAAACGAUAUUCAAGGAGGACACUACAAAUGAGAGCUAAUCCUCAUGCAUCUGAAGGAAUUAGCCAUUCAGGCAAUGUUUUCGCUCAAAACAAUGGACCACAGCAAAACCGGAGUGCAUUUCCCUCUGUAGCACCAGUUCCUUCUGGGCCAGUCUUAGUUGAAAUAGAAAAUAUUUCCCGGAAUUCUGGAACAAGCCAACAGGAUAAGAAAUGCCUAUGCAGCAUGCCCCUGACUGCUGAUUUGCUUGAUAGCAAAGACAUAUUGGACACUUGUAGUGACAGUGCUGCUGGUUUUCCUCCUGCCGAGGGAUUAGGUGAAACGUUGGAAGGGGGAGAUGGUGCAAAAGAACCCCCCUCUGAGAAUAUAAAUCUUGUUGUUGAUGAACCAUCCCUGAAACUGAAGCACCUGGAAACUGAGUUCACUCCCGUAUUGGUUUCCCAGUCCAAUAUAAACAUAAAUGUCAGCAAGCAGGAGGAAGUUGUGAAAUUGACAGAUAAAUGCCUGAACAAUGUAAUUGAGAGCCCUGUGAACACUUCUAUGCGGUUGCCUCCAGACAUUAAAAGUAAUAUUUUGAAGGCCCAGGUGGAGGCGGGGCACAAAGUGGUGAGGGAGGGAAGCAUAUCUGGCAACAAGAACACCAAUAUUCAAGAUACAGCUGGAAGAAGCGUUUUUCCAUCAGGAAAUGAGAAAAACAGCCCCCUGAGAACCCUCAGCCCUGUCUGCCAGGAUCCACUGGAGGGACUAAAAGUGAUCCCAGUCACCAAUGCCUUCAUUCUGAAUGAAUUCAGUGAGAAUACUAGUGCCCCUGAGUCCAAAGAUUGUGCAAAUCCUACCGAUCUGGUUCCUAGAGAAGAGGAUGUUCUUGUAAAGAGUUCCCCCGAGAGCAUGGAGAUUUUGUUGACAUCACAGACAAAGAAUUUAAUUGACUUCACAGAAGCCACGCCUCAGGUGCCUUCACCAAUAAUUAUGCCCAGGUGGUUAGUGCCAAGUGGACUGACUUCUAAUGGGCCUCUGGGAAAUGAUGUUACUUUAUCUCUUAAGACAACUAAAAUAAACACUGAAGCCCUAUUGGCUACUGACUUAUCACCUCCAUUGUACCCCUCUGAAAUCACACCCAGUCCUGUUACUGAAGAUACUACUCGACAGAAAUGUUUACUCACCACUGAACUCUGAGCUUCAACAAAUCUAAUUUCCUAGUGUAAAAGACUUACCUGAAAUUAAGCCAUGCUUAUGCCAUGGUUAACAAAGAAUGGUUGCUUUACGGUAAAUCCUUCAACUGGAACUAAGAGUAUGAUUUUAGGACACAGAGCUGCUGGGAAACCUGAGUAUCUCUUGCAAAAUAGAUGGGAACAAAUUCUGAGAUGACAUGAAAUCCUCAGGGUUUUCAUCCAUUAAAAUGCUUUUGCUAGAGAAUUCCUUCCUGGUUUAUAGGUGCAAAUGAAAAUGCUCACAGGGAUAAGCCGCCCCCCCCCCCCCCCCCCCGGCUUAAACACAGUUAUGGGAAGGCUGGCGGCGACUGUAAAAGAAAAUAGCAGUGACAUUUUUACAGUCCUUUUUUUGUGGCCAUCUCUUUUUAUCUCCUUUUGUAUUGUUACCUAGCAAAUCUUCUUGAUUUUAAUCUUGUUUCUAGACUCCACACUUUCGCUAAUCAUCUGUGGAAGUGAAAAUGCAGCACCUUGAUUGCAAUUUAUUCUGCUGGCAGAUACUCUCAUAAACAUGUCAAAGCUACUACAUGUGUGCAUGGAUGACUUUCACGAUUUGUUGCAUUAAGUCACUAAAAUAUUGCUAGGUAGACAGUGCAUCUGGUAUGGGGUCCUUGGUGCUUUCUGAGCUUAGUUGUUUUCUUGCAGAAAACAUACUUGUUCUCUUGGCCUGUCAGUAUUAGUUGGAAAGGUCUUUGUGGUUUCUUGAUUCGGUUGUUUGCUAUUAGCUUAUUUGUCUGAGUUGGUAGUUCCUUGAUUGGGGUUUUCUUUACUUCUUGAUUGUUGGUCUAGUGUUAAUCUCUGCUCAUCUUUGUAUUGAUUGCUGGUGAUGAACUGUUUUGGUCUUUUUGUUUCUUUUUUGGUUGUUUGAUUGUCUUUAGACAGGAUAAGACACUAAUAUGUAUAAAAAAAAAACCAAAGUCCACUCUCUUUAGCACUGAUGAUGCUACCUAGUUUGGUAAAAAAAAAUGUCUGCAAGAAAACAACCAAGUUCAGCCAUGAGCUAUAGAUAUUCUCCUGUAUCAGUGAACCUAGUUUCUGCUAGAUUAGGUUGAAGUGCUAGUCUGCUUUGGGCUUUCCACUAGCUAUUUUUUAGAAAGUUCUACGGUUUGUGCAGAAAUAAUCUGAGACUUUUAAAAUCGCUUCAAAUGCAUACAGUGAGAAUUUGCUGUCCUUUUUGUGUGCUCCAUUCUGUACCUUUCUUCAAGUCUACUUAGUAAUCUUGUAGUUGGAAUAUGUAUUUCGUUCAUAACUGGAAAAUUAAAAA